UCUUUGUAAACAACAUGCCGGAUUUGGAUCCUGCAGAUGUAAACGAGGAAAAUGCCAAGAGACCACAGAAUAUAAUUGCACUUGUAUCACAGCAUGCCGACAACAACUUAGUUUUUGUCCGGAACAUCAGCACAUGUCUUGGGCUCGCGGGUGUUCUCGUCAUAGCGAGGAGCAUAAGGCUGAUUACAAAAUUUGGCUCUGCCUCUGAUAUUCCAGCACGGUUCAUUGAGAGUAACAUCAGUAUCAGAGGAAGAGUGAGAACUAUAACCGAGAAAGGGCUUGAAGUGGAACACAUACCAAUUUACGUCCCUUUGCUCAGUCCCCUGCUUACGAAACGCCAGUCCGUGACCUUUCUGGAUGUGCGUCUGGCUGGGGUGGAGCUGACAUCCGAAGGACAGAACUGGAUCAGUCAGCAGCUGAAACCUGCUGAGACGGUGUGGCUCCGACUGAUCGCUCGACAGAACGAGACCCUCCACUGCCUAGUGUCAGUUAACAGGGGCUCGUUCUUCAACACUUGUAUGAAUGACAAGCUUUUAAAGGAUGGUUUGGCCCGGACUUCUCCCCUUAUUGGUCUGGACCCUCAGUCACGCAUCUACUGGAGACUUUAUAAGCGCUUGUUGAGGGCUGAGAGCAGAGCUGAGAAAAAAGGAAAAGGUCUGUGGAAGGAGGAGAGUCGUUGGGAGAGAGCCACUAAUGUCUUGAGGAGCAAUUCACUGGUCGUGUCAAUUAAGAAACUCUUUAAAUGGACAUUUGGGGCUAGAAGAUAGUAAACUAUACAAAAGAAGGAGAACGGGUUUAGAUAAUGCAGAGUUGUUUUGCAUGUAUUUAUGAGACACAUUUUAAUAUGUGUUCUAUUUGUGACAUAUUGUUGAUGGCAAUGCAUGAUUAAAAGUGAAAGUUCACCCAAAAAUGAAAUUUUAAUCAUUUAUUCACACUCAAGUUGUUUCAAACCUCUAUAAAUGAACACAAAUAUAGUAGAUUGGUAGAUUGCUUGGUUUUGACAUACUUCAAAAUUUCUUCUUUUGUGUUCAACAGAACAACGGAAUCUAAACAGUCACAACUUAUUUAACCAUGACAAAAAAAAAAUUGCGGGGUGAACUUUCCUUUACUACCUUAAUAAAAUCAUAAAACUUGAAUAAAAAGAAAAGCACAAAUUUA